ACCGUAUUUUUACGGUUUGGUUUGGGUUAAACCUCAAACCCCACUAAACUGGACUACGUACAUCCCCAAGUAACGUAAUACAAUCAUAUGGAAAAGGGGAGAGUACAUCUUAAACACACAAAUAUACCGUCAAAGUGAGAUUGUGAGAGUGAGGGAUAAAUCAACUGGUUAGACCUCCCCUCUCGACUUCAGGUGAUCUUGAAAUCGAUUCUCAUCACCCGUCCUUAUGGUUCUCUAAACACCAAAAAAAUAAAAAACAAAUAUACCGCCAAAGUGAACAAACGUAUACAUCCAACCAAAAAAGAGUAGGUAAAAAACGGUAAUUGGAGCUUAAAAAAAAAAAAAAAAAAAAAAAAAAAAAAAAAAAAAGGCAAUAAAAAUGGUCAAAAACUGAAAUGAUCUUAAGCAUUAGCAUUUAGCACAGUAUCCUGUUCUUGUUGCCUCCUCUGCUUUCUCUCCCCUUUUCUUGGCCCCGCUUAUACAGCAACUCUGCUAGCCUUACGCCGUCUUCUACUACAACCCACCUGGAUCGUCUCUCUAUUUCUCUCUCUAACCCUCUAAAUUAUAAGUCUUGUUGGAUUAGAACUUUCUAGAUUAGUGUGAUUGGCUUAGUUCCUCUUGAAAUCUGAGAAGAAUUUGAUAAAAUUCUGAUUUCCCAGAAAUUUUGUGCCCUUCAUUUUUGAUUUUUCAUGAUUGGUUUUUUUGGGGUUUGAGUUUUGAGUACAAUUUCAGCUAAUAUUAGGCCUUUUUCAGUUUCUGGGUAUUCUUCCUUUUGCUGCCAAUUUUUUAUAUAAUAAUAAGGACUUGGCUUUGCCAGAAGAGAAGUUUAUGUUGUGAAAGAUACAAUUUUGGUCUGUAAUAUGCCUUUAACUGAGCUUGUUAGGAUGUUCAAAGGGAAAGUGGAUGUCACCAAUGAAGUUGCCUCUACUUCAAUUGAUCCUUCUUCUAGACCUGAUACUGAUUGUGUUGAGCUAAUUUGGGAAAAUGGUCAGAUUAUGAUGCAAGGUAAUAAAGCUAGAAAAAGUACUAAUUCAAACAAUUUUCAAACCUUUGGCCUCAAGUCUCAAGAUGGUAGGAAUGGUACUAAUUGCUCGAAAAUGGCCAAGUUUAGCACAAUGGAUUCUGUAAUGAGUGAUUUUCCAAUGUCUGUACCUUCUUGUGAAAUGGGUUUGGAUCAAGAUAUUGACUUGGUACCUUGGUUGAAUUAUCCCAUGGAAGAAUCUUUGCAUAAUGACUAUACUUCUGACUUCUUGAAUGAGUUAUCAGGAGUUACAAUUAACGAUCUCCCUACGGAGAAUCAUUUAGCAUACCGGGAAAGGAAAAUUAGUUUUCAUGGUGAUGGCCAUGAUAAUUCUGCAAGCUUGAAGCAUAACGACACAUCUAAGGAUUUUUCAAGUAAUGAGAAGGAUAAUAGAGGGGGAAGUAUUGAGGUACCGCAAUUUAUGUUUCCCUUCCAGCAAAGUGUCCCCAGAUCAGGAAUUUCUGAUAUUACUGGUAGCAAUGCAGGCAACACCCACCAUGUUGGUUCACGAGACUCCGGUCUUAAUCCAUCUUCACUAAGUGCUUUUACCAGCUUGAGGUUGCAGAAGCUGGAUGCUGGGCAGCCUAGCACUACUAGUUCGGGCUUUACAAAUUUUCCCUGCUUUUCGCGGCCUGCUGCUCUUUCUAGAGCUAAUCAUGUGAGUGUAAAUCCCUCAAAGAGAUUAGAGAAUGGGAAUAAAAGGUGCACCUUGAGUAGUAGUUAUCCUGCUAAUUCUACACUGGUUAAUUUGGAUAGUAAUUAUUCCCAGAAGGAACUCUUAUCUCACAAUCAAUCCAUUAUGGCACCAACAAACGACAAGUCAAUUACUUUGCCCACAAAGCCGCCUACUGAAGAGCUGCUUUCUGCUAAUCAACCUAUGUGUAGAGAAGACACAGCUAAAAAUCAAGCGUCGCAAAAUCAAGUGUGUGAUUCACCAAUGAGCAAAGUGGGUACCAUUGGUAAUAAAAUCAUGGAACCAGUAGUUGCAACAUCUUCUGUAUGUUCAGCCAAUAGUGCAGAAAGAACUUCAAAUGAGCCUGCACGUAAUUCGAAAAGAAAAUUUCGUGAAACAGAAUCAGAAGAUCCUAGUGACGAAAUUGAAGAGGAAUCAGUGGGUGGAAAAAAACCUGCUCAUGGUCGCGGAGGCUCAAAGAGAAGCCGGGCUGCAGAAGUGCAUAAUCUAUCUGAAAGGAGACGAAGGGAUAGAAUUAAUGAGAAGAUGCGUGCAUUACAAGAGCUCAUACCCAACUGCAAUAAGGCGGACAAAGCUUCUAUGCUUGAUGAGGCUAUAGAGUAUUUGAAGACCCUCCAACUUCAGGUACAGGUAUUGUCAAUGGGUGCUGGGAUGUAUAUGCAGCCUAUGAUGCUACCACCAGGAAUGUCGCCGAUCCAUGGAGCACAUGUGCCACAUUUCUCUCCCAUGGGGGCCAUGGGGCUUGGAAUGGGCAUGGGAAUGGGCUUUGGGAUGAACAUGCUAAACAUGAAUAACAGCACGAAGAUGGUACCUUUCCAAGGCCCACAUUACCCUAUCCCUGGAACCGGGCCUAUGUUCCAGGGAAUGCCGGGUUCUAAUCUUCAGGCAUUUGUGCACCCUGGUCAAGGAUUACCAAUGUCCAUGCAGCAAACUCCUACAGUUUCCGUUCCAAUGGGAAGUCUUUCGAAAAUGCCCAUAGGAUUAAAUGCCUUGGGUGUUGCUGGGUCAUCAAAUGCGACACAUCUAGCACCAUCUAGUAGUAAAAAGGAUGCGAACCCACAAGUAAUUUCUAGCAUGGAUAGCAACAAUGUUAACAGCUCGAUGAAUCAGGCAACAAAUCAGACAUCAAAAGAGGGUAUUUAGGAGUCUGCGCUUUGUGCCAUAACCAAGGUCAAGAUGUUAAUGCCUCAGAAACUGCUGAAGCUGCCUACAGAAACGACACUACGCAUAGCUGACACGCCUGACAGAAACUUGUUGCCUGCCUGUAGUGGCAAACUGCAACAUGUCAUCUUCAUAGAAUGUACAAAAGUAUUGACAAGUAACCUGUUUCUAAGUGUAUAUUCUCAGAUUAGAUGUUUGAUCAGAGGUGCUCCAAACGAUGAGAAUUUCUCAGCUGUGAACUCGUGACUCCUGUUAAUGGGAAGUAUAAUAUGCUCGAGAGUGGCAUGUCUGACUAAAAUGCAGAGUUUUUGCCCUCUACAAACACUAAGGUUAGGUCUUUUGUAGAUCUGUACAUCUUAUGAAGAUGACACUGUACUUUGAUAUCCUAGUGCUGAUCUCCUAGAGGUGUAUAUGUGGUUUAUGUAUAUUUCCAGUCCAAAAGCCUUUUUUUCCGAGGAAGUACUUGUAUAUGAUAUAGUUGUCGUCAUACAUCUCUAAUAAUUCAAGGGAGCUGUGUCUCUUUGUCAUCACCUACAUUAAACUAAACAUCGAGGAAAUACUUCUGUAAAUGUACACCAAACAUGGUGGCUUUGAUGAUUUCAUAAUGUAAUACUGUACUGUAUGAAAUAGUUGGAUCAAUA